UUGCCAGAUGAGCAUUGCUUUUUGAACAGAGUCUUUUCCUAAUGGUAAAAGGGGAUUUUGGUUUUCUACAAAGUGUCUAAUGUAAGAAAGCAUGUGUAGUGUUUCGCAAUAAGCGUUACAAAAAUGAAACCCAAAGUGCUAAGUUGAAAAUGUGUUUAAGCUAUGGUUACACUGUGUUUAACAUUGUGCUACAAGAAGUUUGAGUAUUGAGGCUUUGGUUCAACAAUUCAACCCGAGAUACGGUAAGUUAAUUCAUUUAUUUUUUACUGGUAUAAAGUCUGAUUUUGUUGAAUUAAUUGAUUCAGUGUUUUCUCUGACAAACAUUAUUGAUCUCCUUUAGUUUGUUUUAGGUUAAUAAGUUUCACUGUGGUCUUUGCCCUGUUCUUCUUUGGGGACACCUCUUCCAUUCUGAAAUAAAUGUUCAGCUCCUGCAGAGCCUCCUCAUUCUCCCCAUUGUUCCACAGUUUAAGGCUCAACAUGGGAUUUUCUGGUUGGAGAUGGUUUGCUGCUCUUUUCGGCCUCCUCUGCCUCGCAGGUAGAGUCCAGUCUGAUUGUACAGAAGACAAUAUGAACAUGGAAGGAGGUAGUUACACACUGACCAGACAGCUGACAACUGGCAGCAUGCUGGUCUACCGAUGUGAUGAUCAGGACUACCAUCCUUACCCUGUUCUGACCCGCACGUGUCAGCCGAAUAACAUGUGGAAACCAGCACCCCAAAAAUGGAGGCCUCAGAGAUGCAAGCUGGGUGAAUGCCCAGAUCCCAGUGUACUCGAUCAUGGAUAUGUCUUCCCCCCUCAGGAGAGGUACUAUGUGCAUAAUGUGACCACAUAUGAGUGCUACGCUGGAUACAGAAUGAAAGGCUCAGCCAGACGAGUUUGCCUUCCAAAUGGAAAGUGGAGUGGAAAAACGCCAAUCUGUAGCAGAGACACACAAAGUGCAUGUGGUGACCCUGGUGUCCCACCUGGUGCCUCCAGAACAGGGAACUCCUUUGACGUUGGCAACACAGUGACGUAUACCUGCAAUGGUAAUUUAUUUCUGGUGGGGUCCAAAGAAAGAAAGUGUCUGGAGAACGGCCAGUGGACGGGCAUUGAGCCAGCGUGCUAUUACAGACACACCUAUGACACGUCCCUGGAGAUUUCACAGGCAUUUGGUAGCUCGAUCAUGGAGACUCUCACCAUGUUAGAUACAGACCAGACACAGGAGGGGAGAAAAAUUAAGGUUUCCAAAGAUGGAAUCCUCAACAUCUACAUCGCUGUUGAUAUUUCUGGGAGUAUUGAAAAGAAUCAAUUCAAUGAUGUGAAAGAUGCUGUCGUAACACUCAUUAGAAAGCUUGCAUCUUUUAGUGUGUCCCCAAACUAUGAAAUCUUUUUUUUCUCCUCGGAAAUAUAUGAAGUUGUCAACAUUUUUGAGUUUAUGGAUAAGAAACAAGAAGAAAGGCAACAAAUUCUUCAAAAAGUAAAAGAUUUUACAAUAGGCGACAGGAAUACUGGAACAGAUUUAUGCCAGGCAUAUCAAACCAUAAAUGAAAGAAUGGCUCUCAUGAAGGAACGAGUGAAGGAAGAUUUCAAGGAGCAUCGACACGUGAUCAUUGUUUUUACAGAUGGUGCUUAUAAUAUGGGUGGUUCACCUUUACCCACUGUGAAAAGGAUUCAGGACCGGAUAAACCUGGUUCAAAGUGGAAGAGAUGAAGCCUCAAAACAAGACUAUCUUGAUAUGUACAUCUUUGCUACGGGAGCUGAGAUUGAUGAUGAUGUACUGAAGCCCCUCAUAACUACAAAAAAUAAUGAACGGCAUUACUUCAGAUUGCCGAGCAGUUUCAGAGAAUUGCAAAGAUCAUUUGAUGCAAUUAUUGAUGAAAGCAAAGUUCAAGGUCUAUGUGGUCUUCACAGUAUGAGAGAAGAGGGUAAAAAUAUAAAUGAGCUCAUAGACGCAGGCAACAUGAGGAGUUAUUUUCCGUGGUACGCAUACAUUAUUAUCAAGCAUGGAAGGAACUGCUUUGGCUCCCUGGUGUCCCCUGAUUUUGUCUUGACUGCUGCUCACUGCUUCAAAUUUGGAGAUUUACCAGAAGAUGUGAAAGUAGUGAUCGAUGACGGACACGGCAAAGAGAAAAAAGUAAAAAAUUUCAUGUUACACCCAAUUUACAAUGUUAACGCCAAAGUAAACGAGGGUGUGAAAGACUUCUAUGACUAUGAUGUUGCUCUCAUCCAACUGGAGGAGCCUGUUGUAAUAUCUGCUAAUGCAAGACCUAUUUGCAUACCAUGCACCCAGGAGACCAGUGAUGCUCUACAGCUGGUUGGCGACACCACCUGUAAGCAACAAGAGGACAUCCUGUUUAAGACACAAAUGGAACAAGUGUCUUUCUUGUCUAAAAGUGGAGACAAAGUAAAGGAAAAGGAUGCUUACGUUAAGCUUGGUGAUAAUAGAGAUGAAUGCAUCAAACAUGCACUAAAAGCAGAGGGCAUCACAGCAACAGAUCCAAAGAUUCCUGUGACUGAUAACUUCCUGUGCACUGGUGGUGUUCAACCCUUUGUAGAUGAUAGAGCAUGUAAAGGUGACGGUGGAGGCUCUGUGUACAAAAUCUAUGAAUAUCGUGCAGUUCAGGUUGGAUUGGUCAGCUGGGGAACCCUAGACUGUGACCCUAUCAGGGGACAAAAGUCAGAUAAGGACGCCAGAGAUUUCCACAUUAAUCUCUUUAAAGUUCUUCCAUUUCUCAAAUCCAUUCUUGGAGUUGAUACUCCGGAUUACACACCACUUACAUUUUUGGAGAACUAAACCAAAUGCAGCAUUUUCUUUCUUGCAACUUGCUUUACCAUGUUUGUCUAUAUCCAACACCACCAUUUAAAUCAUGUUUUAGUUCAGAAAGAGAAGCAGUUUUGACAGCAGUACUUUAUUUCCUGUGAUUUUCUGAAUCAAUAUACUAUAUCUACACACACUGUACUAGACUGUGACUGUGCCUUCACAGACAAUAACUAACUAACUACUAAUUAAAACAUUUGUAUGAUUAAAAACUUG